AUGGCCCUGCCAACAGCAGCGGCAGGGCCCUGCACAGCUGCCACCGGCGGGCUCGACACGGGUGACGACCUGUACAGCUUUGGAGGCGGCAACACCCAGGCCAGCCAGGAUGAGAUCGACCAGUACGUGCAGCACGUGGUGGAGCACGAGAUCGAAAGCAUCAACCAGGCGGUGCACGCAGCAUUCGAGCAGGAGCUGGAGCAGGUCAACCAGACGGUGCAGGACGCCGUGGAGACGGCGCUCCUGGACUGCAGCUUUGACAUCAAGGCCAACUUCAACACCAUGAUUGCUCUCACUGGAGUCAUCCUGUACUGGCGCGGCAUCUGGAACCUGUUUGACGGCUGGCUGGGCACAGAGAACCUGGCUGCCAACGUCCUGAGCGUGGUCAUUGGGGUCAGCGUGAUGCUGCUGUUCCGCAUCUUCAAGCUGCCGCUGGCAGAGUUCUGGUAG